CCAUGUUGGGUUUGGACAGGCCCAAACAGGCCCGUACGGCGGGAAACUGGAAUAUAAAGAGCAAAACUGGAGAGAUUCGGUCUUAAAACGGCACAGAGACAGAUUCAGGGUGUAACAGAUACAGCUUGCUACAGUCGGGAUGUGUGGACGGACGGCAUGCACUCUCGCUCCAGACGAUGUUCCGCGUGCCUGCGGCUUCCGUGAUCGUGGCGGGAAACGGCGCCAGCCCCGAUGGAAGGAUGGGGACGGAAACAAGUACUUCCCCUCUCACAACGUCAGUCCACAGUCCCGCACGCCAGUCCUGGUGUGCAGCAGCCAUUUUGGCGGGGAGGUGCAGACGGAGGACCGGACGCUGGCGGCCAUGCAGUGGGGGCUGGUGCCGUCCUGGUUCAAGGGCGACCCAAAAGGGUUCGGGUACAAGACGAACAACGCUCGCAGCGAGGGGAUGAUGACCAAGGGCUUCUUCAAGGGGCCGCUGCAGAAGGGACAGAGAUGUGUGGUGUUGGCUGAUGGGUACUUUGAGUGGCAGACUGGGAAGGACGGCAAGAAGCAGCCUUACUUCAUCUACUUCCCACAGAACAAGGGGGAGGGGGGCGACCUUGAGGACAAGCCUGAGAAGGGGGAGGGGGGCAACCUUGAAGACAAGCCUGAGUGUGAGAAGGCGAGCGACCUUGAGGUCAAGCAUGAGAUUGGGGAGGGGGGCGACCUUGAAGAGGACCCUGGGGCGUGGCGUGGGCGUCGGCUGCUCACCAUGGCAGGGAUCUUCGACAGGUGGACCCCGCCCGAGGGAGGGGAGCCGCUGUACACCUACACGGUCAUCACCGUGGACGCAGCGCCCGCCACGGCCUGGAUACACCACAGGAUGCCUGCCGUGCUGGACGGGGAGGCGGCGGUACGGGACUGGCUGGAGCACGGCAGGGUUCCGCUCAACAAGGCCGUGGAGCUGAUCCGGCCCCAGGAGUGCCUGACCUUUCACCCCGUCUCCACGGUAGUGAACAACUCGCGAAACAAGUCUGCGGAGUGUGUGGUGCCCGUUGUGAUUGGACAGGAGAAACCGACAGCCAGCAGUAAGAUGAUGUCAGCAUGGCUACAGAAGGGAAAACCAGCUAAACAGGACAAAGCAGAGAAGACACCGCCCCCCAACCCCAAACCGGGGCCCCCCACCCCCAAACCGGGGCUACACCUCUCCCCCAGUGCUGGGCUCAUGUCAUCCUGGCUGAAGAGAGGAGCGAAAGAAGAGGAAAGAGACGACAAAAAUCCCUCCAAGAAAAGGAAAACUUGAGGGAUAAGUUUAGGA